GCCCUGGCGUCCUGCCCCUCGGCUCCCGGGCUGAGAAGCGAACUCGUGAUAUAAAUUCUAGGGGUGCGUGAAUGGGUCGAGGGGGAGGCAUCGCCCCUCCAGUUCCGACGGUUGAUGCUGUAGGCUGCCACCGACCCCGGAUCGGGCUCCAGCUCGGGUCCUGACCCUGCUCCCACGAAGGGGACGGAGCGCCCACUAAAGGUGAGGGGUGUGGGUUCUUGGAAUCCUGUCCAGCGUUCUGUUGUGGGAACUGCAUCUUCAAAUUUUGUUGCUCAGAUGUGCUGAAGAAGAUUGAUGACAACAUUCUGUGCCCUGGGGAGAGAUCAAUAAAGUGGGAAGAAAAAGACAAGAAAAUGACGUUUGACUUUGACCACAGCCCCCCACCAGGGGGAGGAGAGGAGAGACGGUGCCGGCUGCCCAAGGGGAAGAUUAUAGGAAGUGCUUCAGCAUGUAGUAGGGACAAAGAUGGGUUUCGGGACAUUCGUGGGCAUUGGAGCAACCAUCUUUGUGCUCAUUGUGGUCACCAUCAUCCUCUGUUUAACGUGUUCCUGCUGCUGUUUGUACAAGAUGUGCCGAAGGCCCAGACCUGUGGUGACAACCACGUCGACUACUGUGGUCCACUCUGCAUACCCACAGCAGCAAGGUGUGCCACCUGGUUACCCUGGGGCCAUGUACCAAGGCUACCAACCUAUGCCUGUCCAGCCUGGGAUGCCAGUUGCGCCUUAUCCAACGCAGUACCCACCACCCUACCCUGCCCAGCCUACUGGACCUCCUGCCUACCACGAGACUCAGUCUGCAGGUGCUGGAGCGCCAUACCCAAUCAGCCAACCUCCAUACAACCCUGCAUACAUGGAGCCUCCAAAGACUGCCUAUUGAGUUGCUUCUGAGCUGUGCCCCUGAAGGCCCCCCGCCCCUUUUCCUCCUCUUCCUGCCUAUCACUGUGUGUUUGAGCAUGUGGGAAUGUGUGUCUGUGUCGUCUUCUCUUCUCCCAAGUAAAUGCAAGCUGUAUGUUGUACUUGUAACAUUCUGUUUCCCCACAAUAUAUGGGCCGGGAUGAGAGACAG